AUUCCAUCAUUUUCUUAUGAUAAUGUGAUACCUGGUAUGAAGGUUAACAAGGUGCCAUGGUUGAUGUAGAGUGUGAAAACAUUUUAGAUUUCUAAAUGAAUGUGAGAAUCAUUAGCUAAAUCAAACAUUACAAAGCCGCUAUUGUCUGACUGACUGAGUUGUACUCUGCAUGGCUGAUGGUUACACUGUUAUGAUUACUGAUCAGCCUUAACAAAUCAUGAUAUUAACAUCUCACUUCCCGUUGAUUAUAUUCAUAGUAGUAGUCAUAUCUAUCCAUGAACGAAACCUCACAGUUCAUUGAUUUGUAUUCAUUUGAUUGGUUUUGUGAAUUAUAUACUCUGUCUGAGUAUAUCAUAUUUGGAUUAUUUUACGUCAGGUUUUUGAUUCACAAUAUUAGAUGAAUUAUAAGGGAAAUACAGAAUGUCACCAGAACUAUACCUUAUUACAUUUUUUUUUUUUAUCGUAUUAGGAGCUGUUUUACUGAUCAAAAUGUUUUUUGAUUAAUUUCAAAAUCUGAUAUUUUAAUUUGUGUUGACCAGCUGUUAACUUAUCAGCUGCUGACUGACCACUACUGUUCAAUCAGAUAUUGGCUGUUUUUUUGCCUCUAGUGUUUUUGUUUCUUGUAAAAACAAACGCCCCCUGGCGGCUGACGCACGCCUCACGUACUUGGACAGAAUCAUCCAAUUAAAGAUCACGCUCGCCGUCGAUUCAUUUGAGUGACAGGAACUCAAGCCAAUGACAGUGCGCCUGCGCAGCUGGCAGUGUUGUGGGAGGGCGGUGCGAGUUGCUGCUCGGCAGCAUAGCGGAAGAAAAUGGCGGCCGUGGCUGCAGAGCCAGGAGCUGCGGCGGUUCAGACAACAACAAUAACCGCGGCUGCGGACGACGAAGGCCCACCAGAACCGGGCGUGGACGACCAGGGACUCUCAGGAUGCCUACUGGAUACCGACGAGCCGCGGGAGUAUGGCCCAGGUGUGGAGUUGGUCGUCCCCCGGGUGGAGGAUGUUGGGGACGGGGAGGAGCGCCGCCAUGUCAGGCCGGAGCUGGAGCCCGCGGCGGGAAAAGCGCUCUCCGAUAACGCCGUAAACGAUGAACUGAUUAACAGCUUUCCUAUGGAUAGGGUCAUGGAACGGUUCUCCCCCGGAGUACCGAGUGAUCCAGAAGGCGGCGGGAACGUAUCGGUGCAGGCGGUGUACCGCAGCAUCCUGGCGGACCCGCAGCCCUCCGCCGUCUUCCUGCAUUCGUUCCCGGCUCCCCCACCCGUCACCGAGGCCGGGCUGUCUUUGGCGGAACCAGCGGAACCGACUACCAACGUUACGACGGACAGGGCUGAGACCGCGGAUCGAGACAGAGGGUAUACGGCUCUGGUUCAACCGGAGCUUAGGCCCGACUCCGCCGAGGACGCCAUGUACGACGGCACGGCGGAGCGGCUGUCGGUUCUGGACAAUCUGGACCCAGACUUGGGGUACAGCAAAAACUCAGCCGGGACAGAGGAGAUGCCGGUCCGCGGCUUGCGGGACUCCUCCCCGCCCUGCCGAUCCCCGAAGAGGCGACUAAUGAUGGACACCGUGAAGCCGGAGAAAUCUGCUGGAGAAGACUCUUCCCGUCCGGAGCCCGGAUCUGAACACGGUCUCGGUGAUCCGCCCCUCGCCUCUAUGCAGGAUCUGAGUCCUGGGUCCGAGGUCCGGGUCUCCUUGGACCACGUCAUUGAUGACGCGCUGGUGGUGUCCUUCCGGUUGGGUGAGAAAGUGUUCUCCGGGGUGCUGAUGGAUGUUUCCAAAAGGUUCGGACCAUACGGUAUUCCCAUCACAGUGUUUCCCAGACGGGACGACCGGAAUCGCCCUCCGAUGCCUAUGCAGUCACAGCCAGUUACCAGCGACGACCCGUCCACCAAACAGGAAGAGGUCACCACGAACCCUGCAUCCUCACCCCCUCCCCAUCCUCACCCCUGGACCUCGAAACCUCCACCGCUGUUCCAGGAGGGUGCACCAUAUCCUCCUCCUCUGUUCAUCAGGGACACCUACAACCAGGCCUUACCUCAGCCACUGCCACGCAAGAUCAAGCGGCCAAAGCGGCGCUACCGCUGCGAGGAGCCAACCUCUAUCAUGAACGCCAUUAAGCUCCGCCCCCGCCAGGUGCUCUGCGAUAAGUGCAAAAGCGUGGUAGCAUCAGGUGGGCACAGGGAGGCCCGACGGGGUCCGGUGGAUCUGAGGGGUGAGGAGGCAUCCCGGCGGCGGCGACCAGCUGACGGCCCAAUCUCCUCAGAGCUCAAACGGCUAAGGAGCGACGACAAAGGGGGACGUACUGCAGUAGACAGACGUUCAUCAUCGGGGAUACGUGUGUCAUCUUCAUCAUCAUCUUCCUCUCGCCGUGUCCUGAGGGGUGUGGCUUCAUCUUCAUCCUCCUCGUCGCAAUCAUCAUCCAACCGCAUGUGUCUGAAGCUGAACUCUAAGAAAGUUCUGUCCAAAGGUUCUGCUGUCGAUCGCUCCAAAGCACGGCAGGUUCUCAAGAAACUAGCGAGGAAUUCUCAGCCACCGCCGCCACAUCGACGGCCCAAAGACCAGAACCAGAAUCAAAACCAGAGCCAGAACCAGGAGCGUACCAAGGCUGUGACCCGAGCUGCAGCCCUGCAGAACCACAACCAGAAGGUCCACUUCACCCGCCGCCAGCAUCUCAGCGGCGCCACCGUCAGCUCGAGCUCCCACACGCCUCUUCCACCCAGAAUGCGUCUCAAACCCCAAAGGUAUCGUACCGACGACAGCCAGGUGCCCUGCCCCUCCUCCUCCUCCUCCUCCUCCUCCUCCUCCUCCUCCUCCCCAACAAAACAGGGCGCACGCUCGUCGCCUCCCAAACCUGCUUUAAGCCCCACCCUCACACCCACACCUAGCACAGCCAUGCACGAAGUCCAGCCCCCGCCCUCAACCACAAGUCCUCCUCCAGUGCCCGAAUCCACUGCAGCCAUUGUUGCCUUGGAGUCACAGGAGGUCUGUCCCCCUGAGGAGGCGGGGGUUGAGCAGGGAGAAGAAGGAGAUGAUGGGCAGGUGGAGGAUCCUCCCCCCCGACCCUCCUUCCUGGACUCCUCUCACUCAGAGUGCAGCUCCACAGAGACCUUUUUUCUCCCUACUCAUGGAGAUCCAACCUCCUCCUCCCCCCCUGUUCCCACUCCCCCUCCCUCCUCUUCCUCCUCCUCUUCCUCCUCCACCUCCUCGUUAGGGCAUAAGUGUCCCCCCUCCUCCUACCCUGCCACCCCUCCCCCUAGAGCUGAUGGCGAGGAGAUGCAGGCUGCUGGCGAAGAGGAGGAUGGAGGUGAAGUGAAGAGGCGUCGCAAGUCUUCCACGUCCUCCUCCUCCUCCUCGUCUUCGUCCUCCUCCUCUGUGUUCUCCAAGUUGGUGUCCAAGUGUUUGCUCCCUGAUGGGCGGACGGUGUGCGUCGGUGACAUUGUCUGGGCAAAGAUCUACGGUUUCCCCUGGUGGCCGGCGCGCGUGCUUGGCAUCACAGUGUCGCGGCGUGGCGACACAGGGCUGGCAGUGCAGCAGGAGGCAAGGGUGUCCUGGUUUGGCUCCCCCACCACCUCCUUCCUGCCGCUCACCCAGCUUUCACCCUUCCUGGAGAGCUUUCAGUCACGCUUUGACAGGAAGAGGAAGGGGCCGUACCGCCGCGCCAUUGCAGAGGCUGCCAGUGCAGCUAAACAGCUGACGCCUGAAGUCCGGGCGCUGCUCACUCAGUUCGAAACGUAGCAUCAGCUACUGCUUACCCACCUCCCCACCCCUCCAACACAUGCCACACCCCAUCCCCUUUGCCCGCCCACUACAGGAAGCAGGAGCAGCUUGUCGUUCCUCCUCCUCAGACUGAUACCUGUCUGUCUGUCAGAGACUAAUGCAGACAGAUGGACAGUGCUCAUGUUUCUAUUUCCUAUUCUUCCUGUUUGGAGGAGGGGGCGGAUGUUCAGAGUUACCUGUCAGUGUUCAGGGAAGCAAUGGACAGGGCUUACUUCUAGGGUUACCUUUCCAGUCUUCAUAGAGGUCAUCAGUUUCAGGCAGAUGUCAGUCAGCAGCAGUGUUUCCAUUCGCCUCACUGUCGCAGCGUUGUCGAUGAAUGAAGUUCAAACCCCAGUGAAAAGAAACAAAGAUUUAAUCAGACUACAUGUCUAAUUUACAGUCUGGGUUAAAAACUGGUGGUGUGGUUUAAAGGCUCUAUCAAGCAGUGAGGCCUUCUAAUGAAAGAGGCGGUACAGAUGUGUUCAUGAGAAAUGGAGGAUCCAGUCUAUUGUUAUCUGGCUUAAAUCACUGGAGCCCUGCCCUGAAAACUGAGCCUGAUGAUUGGCUGACAGAGCUGCAUGAAAUGAUCAACCAGCUAUAUGAAGAUGUGUCACACAUUUUACACUGACUAGAAUCAGUGAUGUAUUAAAAAACACUAAUAAAAUUCCUUAUGGUAGCCCUAAGCUGACACUGGCUAAACCAUGCUCAGCUGUUUUGAAUGCAAAGAGUUGAUCAUUUUAAAUACAUUUGAUUAAAACGAUUGAUCAAACCGUCUGACAUCUGAAUCUCAGAUUUGAAUGACUCUAUAAGUUCUGAAUCAAUGCUGUAGAGGGCUUUGGCUCACCAUGCGUACCCCUCAUUAGUCUGGCGGUGUGAAACACUGUGACACGCUUACAUGUCACUCCCUGUUGUGUUGGUUCUCCUGAACUCCCACAGACUAAAAACAUUUACUUUAUAUUAUGUUUCUAUUUACUUAAAACUGUGAAACACAAAGUUAUCCAAACUGAGGCCAGGGGGCCCAAACAGGGUCCAUAUUUCUUCUGAUUGAUACAAACAUGAAGUGUUUCGUAAGCUGGGUCAGAUACUAAUCACACACAGUUCGCGGUUCAGUUCCCAUGGCAACAGAGCUCCUACUCUAACAAUGCAGACAACGAAACAAAUUAAAAUCAGGUCCUUGUUUUGGAUCAAGUCCCUGUAGUGCUGUAUGAAAUCAGGUCUCUCUAUCGGAUCCAGUCCCUGUAGUGCUGUAUCAAAGUAUUUUUGUCCAAUCCCUGAGAAUGUCACCAGUCUGUUACAAAGCUACUCAUGUUUGAUCAAUCAGAUUUUAUGAUCAGUUAUCAAACAAGGAAUGGUCAUAGAUGAUCAGUGUGUCAUUGAUUAGAGAAAAAGUCUCUUAAUUUGAAGCUAAGAGAUGUUUUAUGCAGGUGAUGUUGGUGAUGUCUCACUCGCUCUGUGCUUGAGACCCUGGACCUCAGUUUAUUAACAUUUGCCUGACAGACGGACAGGUAGGACACACUGACUGUUAGACAGGACAGCUGCUCAUGCUCUCAUGAUGAUGAUGAUGAUGAUGAUGAUGAAGGUGGAUUUUCCCUCUCUGCUGUUUGUAGUGUCAGCUGUCAGACUCUUUUUACCGUCUGUUUGCAGAUCAGAGAUCCUGAAUUUAAAAAAAAACAAAAUAACUGUUGGGACAAAAUAAGUGAAACACACGGACAAAAAUAAAAAUGAAAGAGAAUCCGUCUGAGAGUCGAUCUGUGUACUUGUUUUUUUCUGAUGUUUUAAAUCUAUUAAAAAAAUUGUCAAACUUCUCUUUGAA